CUCUCCUGUGGUCGCUAUUGCAGCGGCCGUGGUAGGGGUGGCCGUCAUUGCGGGCCUCCUCGGCGUUGGCUACGUUUGCUACAAGAAGAAGCGCGCUGAUCAGCCACCGAACUCGGUGGUUGCCAAGGUGGCGCAAGGUGUGCCCAUCAGCAACGCGGACGUCGAAACACUCACGAUGGCACAAAAGGUGGACAUCAUCGCCGAGCAGCUCAAGGUUGACGGUUCGUCGCCCCUUGCCACGACCGUGGCGGCGUGCAACGAGGCCAUGGGCAUCACGGGCACUGGCACGCUGGCGCAGCAGGUGGACACGCUAAUGGCGCAGCUGGGGCGGUAUUCGACAACCAGUCUGGCCUGAUCUCAAGCGCUGCUCAAAGGGAGUCUCGAAGGGCCCCAGUUGACUACCUCGCCAUGCGCUCCCCGGGCUUGAGCUUUGUUGACUACUCAUGAUGCUCGCCGAGAAGAUGCUGUACUCAAAGGCCCCGCCCAUUCCUCAUCGGUACCCUCCGGCUGGAGCUUUGUUGACUAUUCAUGAUGCUCGCCCAGAAGCGAGAGCAAGCAGGCACACAGCGCUGUCUGCUGCUUGUCUGCUUGUCUGCCUGCGUUGUCACCUCCCACACAGUACUUUCGCGACCCAGCAUGUGUGCACUAUACGUGUAGGGAGAGAGAGGAGCUACGUUGUACGUCGGGUCGUACGUUGCUGUAUCGAGGACCUCGAAACGACUUGU